AUGUCCAACAUCUACGUAGCAGAACCCCCUACGAAGGGUAAAGUGGUGCUGCAUACGACGCACGGACCGAUUUCGAUAGCAUUGUGGUCUAAGGAGUGCCCGAAGACUACCAGGAACUUCGUUCAGUUGGCAUUGGAAGACUACUACGACGGAACUGUAUUUCAUCGGAUUAUCAAGGACUUCCUCAUUCAAGGGGGAGAUAGGACCAACACUGGUCUAGGUUGUGACUCGAUCUAUGGCGAGCCCUAUCCGAAUGAGUUCCACUCACGGCUGAAGUUCCGAUAUCGUGGCUUGGUCGGUGUUGCGAGUGCAGGAGUUGCGGAAAAAGGGGGCGCGUCUACGAACGGAUCGCAGUUCUUCAUAACGAUGGGCAGAGAUGACAGUUUUAAUAACAAGUACACUUUGUUUGGGAAGGUCGUAGAUGAUACUGUGUAUAAUCUGGAUAGAAUUUCAAACGCAAAUGUUGAUACGAAUGAUUAUCCGACUGACGAGCCACCUCCACAUAUUAUAAGGGCUGAAGUGGUUGAGAACCCCUUUACGGACAUAGUGCCGAGGGAUAUCUAUAGACGAGUGGUGGAUCAUGCUGAGGAGGAUAGAGAUAAUAGGAAGAAAGAGAAGAUUGAAGUGUCUAAUAAGAAGGGUCUGCUGAGCUUUGAAGAUGAAGAAAGCAGUAGUAGCGAAAGCGAAGGCGGCGAUGAUGGAAAUGAGAAACGUAUAGCGGUGAAAGUUAAGAGUGCACAUGAUGGUGGAGAUGCUCAGCUACUCUCCCAAACGGCUAAGUUGGAUGAGGCAACUCGAGUGGUUCAUAAGGAAGCUUCUUCGAAAGCGGCGGCGGCUCGAAGAGCUAAGAUGCUCCAGAAGUCACGAGGAGUUCAAGAUUUGGAUGACAGUGAUGACGAGUCAGAAGGCUCUGAGUACGGCGAUCGAGAGCGAGCGGAAAGGCUUGGAAUUCUUCCGAGUGAGGCUAAAGUUAUGCGGGAGGAGGAGCUUGAGCGGAAGAAGCAGAUAGAAAAGAUGCGGCAAAAGAUACGGCAAGUGAAUCGGGUGGAUGACUCAACUAAGAAGGGGGAGGAGGGGCCGAAGGGGAUAGCUGAUAGAGCUAGGAAGUAUAAACGUCGGGAGAAGCGAGGUAAGAAGGCGUAUCAAGAACUGGAUGUGUUCAUGAACGAGGAAGAGUUGAAAUCUCAUCAUAGGGCAGAAGAUGAGGAUGGUGUAGUGGUUGUGGGGGGCAGCGGCUCGUCGUCUACGGCGGCACGGGUGGCGGAUGAGGAGGCGAUUACGGCCGAGCCGGGAACUUUAGCUGAGACCAUGCAGUUUGCUUUUGGUGAGGAUACGGGGGCGUUGGGAGUUGAUGGAGAUGCCUUCGGAGGGACCAAUUGGUUGCACAGUCGGGACGGUUCAGCUCAGAACAAGGGACUCAAGUUUGCUAUAGAUAGCACUAGAGCGUAA